AGACAUUUGGGCUCAAGAUUUUGGCUGAUCUGUAGAGCCUCGCAGACGGCCCAGGGCUGAUACUCAAGUUCCGUCCGUCUUCAACGAGCACCAGUCUCGGUGCGACAGCAUGGCUCGUGCGAUCCAGCUGAUCGGCCUCGCGGCGGUGGCGUCGGCGAACACGGGGCCGCCCCCCCCGCAGCUCCGCGGGCGAAAUUUGCGCGCAGUCUCAGGUGAGGGCCGAGAGGAGGAAAAGAUACCGAUACCCGAGGGCGCCCUCGAGGGCGCGAGGUUGUUCGCGCUUUGCGGUCCGCGGUUCGGCCCCGCCUCCUCGUCCUCCUCUUCUUCCCCCGCGGGGGGGCGCAGGUGCGCGAGCUUGUCCGCGCUUCGCGCCUCGCGCAGCGCGAACCGAGGGAACGGGACCAGCGGCCCGGGGAGCAUCUGCAGGGGCGGCGCCGAGUCGUGCGUGUACUUCACAGCGAGCCAGAGGGGCUGCGUGAACCACGCCGCCCCGGUCAAGGUAUGCAGUGCCUGGCAGCUGUGCUGCCACUCCAGGGCCAGCAUCGAGUGCUACAAUCCCUACGAUCAGCUUUGCUGCGGUUAUACCCCCGACAGUCCCGACGGCUACCCACACACGGCGAUGGUACUCCCGAGGGACGCGACCCCGCCCACAGCAGACUCCGGCCACUGGCAAUGCACCGAGCCGGCGGUGUGGACCCCGGCGCCGCCGACUCCACAGCCGACUCCACAGCCGCCGACUCUGGCGCCGACUCCGACUCCGACUGCGGCGCCGACUCCGGCUCUGCCGACUCAACCGCCGACUCCGCGACCGACCACUCCUUGCUUUAUCUCGGAGUGUGGCUGCCCCGAGGACGAGACCUUCACCAGCUUCCCCGACAAAACCGUAACCUGGACGUGCGGGCCAGACAAUGCCCAGAUGAGGACCGAAUCGGGAUCCGAAUGGUGCGGCGAGUCUGAAGCAAACUGCAAGCAUUGUACCGGCGUUUGGUGCCCCUUAUGAAUCAUGCCCGAGCCCUGCGGUGGGGAAGGGGCGCAGGCGCCGCUAGGGUGCCAUGCCAGAAGGGUUUGCAUGCUCGCGGCGCGGAGGAUUUGAACCGGCUUGCCACGAGUGCACGCUUGGAACGACAGUCUUUCGUUUGCUGCCACACCCUAGAUGGAGAGCUAGCUAGUAGCGGCUCAAAUUGUUAUUCUAAUGGUUUUGGUCCCGCUAUUGCUGGCUCUGUUUUCUCAUCGCCCUCAUCCUGCCGUGCCCAUGAGUCGGCCAUAGAUCAGGAACGUCCACCAGUGGCACUUGAUUCCCUCAGGCCGGGCGUGCGCGGGUAUCAGUAAUUAGGCUCCAUCUAGGUAUCGAGGUCUGACUCGACACUCUGCUCGAUGAAGUUUGAGUACGAGGCGCAAUGUGAAAGAAAGGGA